GUCGUGCCAUUCCCGCUGCUUGCACCUAACGGUCAACUCGGAGGUUAUAGUCUUGCAUCAGAUCAGAUUGUAGUAAUUGUUUUCAUUACUUUGGGAUUUCGUGGUGAGGCAAACUUGCCGUGCUGCACAUCCACAGAAACACCGACCCUAUUUAUAAACCCGCUGGAAUACGGCUUGUCUGUGUGCUGUGUCGACAAGACAGAAGAUACUCCUCAAAGCAUCGGGCAGGACACACGCUCAGUGGGAUUCUAUACAAAACCCUACCUUGUUGCUAGCCAUGCCGGAGCAGACACAAGGACCCGUUGUCCAGGACAACAACGAUGGGACCAUUUGUGUUCAGUACAAGCCUCAGGCGGAGGGGAAACACGAGGUCCAGAUGACCUGUAAUGGUGACACCGUAAAAGGAAGCCCAUUCUCCUGCAUCGUAGACAGCGUUGGAGGCGGCUUUGUGACAGCGUUCGGCGUCGGACUUGUCGGUGGAAACUGCGGCACGAAUGAGGAAUUCACCGUCGUUGCCGCGAAAGGCACAGCAAAGGACAUCGACAUCAAGAUCGAUGGCCCAAGCAAGGUGGACAUGAAACGUAAAGACAACCCCGACGGUUCUACCAACGUGAGCUACAUGCCCAUGACACCCGGUGCCUACAGCAUCACUAUCAAAUACAAGUCCAAGCACGUCAAGGGAUCCCCCUUCAACGCUAAAGUCUCAGGUGAAGGCCGCAAGAGGUCACAGUUGUCUCUUGGCAACAGCAGCGUCUAUUCCCUCAAGGUCAUCGAGCCUGACAUCGUCAAUCUCAACGGCACCAUGAAGUCCCCCUCAGGCAACGUCGAACCCUGCAUCCUUAAGAGGCUCGGCGAUGGAGAACUUGGUGUGGCUUCCUUCAACCCCCGAGAAAAGGGUGCAUACACUGUGUACGUGUGCAGCAACGAGAAAAACAUCAAGGGAUCGCCCUUCACUAUCAACGUUGGGGACAAAGAAUUGGCGCAUGCCGCAAAGGUCAAGGUCAGCGGUGCGACAGGCGAUGCUUCCGCCAACAGCGAAAACGAACUCAUCGUUGACACAACGGACUCCGGAUACGGAGGUCUGAGCAUCAACCUUGAAGGCCCUCACCGUUCCGACGUCAACCUGAUAGAGAAGAGGACCGACAGACAAUACGUCAUCCACUACAGCCCUCACGAACCAGGCAUCUACAUCCUCAACAUCAGGUUCGCCGACGAUCACGUAACAGGUAGCCCCUUUCUUCUCAAUGUCGGCGGCAAUCCUUCCGGUCGUGUGCGUGAGACAGUCACAAAACAAAUGGAGGCAGCCUCUGCCAGCGAACCCGGGAACAUGUGUACAUUUAUUCUCCAGAUUCCAGGAACAAACCCCUUCGAUAUGGAGGCAUCGGUAACUGACCCCGACGGUACCACUGAGCUGUGUGACGUAAUGGAUCUCGAAGACUUCCACUACAAGAUACAGUUCACACCCAAGAUUAAGGGAUCCCACAUUCUCAGUGUCAAACACAAGUCCAUGCAUAUCUCAGGAAGUCCAUUCACGUACUCUAUUGGGCAGCUGAAUAUGGGCGGAUACCAUAAGGUUCAGGUCGGCGGACCUGGGUUGGAGAGAGGCGAGGUCGGGCUUCCAAAUGUGUUCAAUAUCUACACACGAGAAGCCGGCCCGGGAGCACUGACCGUCUCCAUAGAAGGCAAUUCUCGUGCAGACAUCAAGCUGGAACCGAGGGAUAACGGUUUCCUUGGAUGCAGUUUCAAUGUUACCAAACCAGGCAUGUAUGGUGUCCACAUCAAGUAUGAAGACAAACACAUCCCCAACUCCCCCUUCAUGGUGAAUGUCUCCCCCGACAGCGGAGCGACGAGACAAGUCACCGUUCACUCUCUCAAGGAUAGAGGCCUACAGGUUGACCGGGCGUCGACCUUCACCGUGAACUUCAAUGGCGCCAAGGGUGCCCUUCAUGCAAUAAUCAGAACGCCCUCUGGUGGUCACGAUGACUGUUUCAUCCAGGAGAUGGACACUGGACUGUUCGCCGUGCGCUUCAUCCCAAGGGAGAACGGCGUCCACUACGUCGACGUAAAACUGAAUGAUGCCCACAUUCCCGACAGCCCCUUCGCCGUCAUGGUAGGGUCAACCGCAGCUGAUCCAGCUAUGGUUACCGGAUCUGGAGAUGGACUGGAAGUGUGCAAGUGCAGUCAGAAGGCCAAAUUCGUCGUGAGGACCGCUGGUGCCGGCUCCGGCCUCUUGGCCGUCUUCAUCGACGGACCGUCCAAGGUAUCCCUGAGUUGCCAUGAGGUUGACGAAGGCUACGAGUUUGUAUACACGCCUUUCUCCGCUGGGGACUACCUCAUUACCAUCAAGUACGGCAACAUCCCCAUCGCUGGCAGCCCGUGGAAGGCAGUGGCUACAGAUGGAUCUUUCAGCAAAGGUAACAUCAAGAGCCGAUCCAAACAAGGUACUGGCCGCAAAGCAGCUCCCGGCAACGAACAGUCUUCUAUGGUGGUGGAGACCGUUGAGAAGAAGCCCGGGGCCAAAUCCAGCAAGAAGUUCAGAGGGGACGCCAGCAAGGUCACGUGCAAGGGGAAUGGUCUGAAGAAAUGCUUCACCAACAGACUUCUCAACAUCACUGUAGACGUCAGAGAUGCUGGCCAGGCCAUGCUUAGCGUGGGCAUGAUUGGACCCACCGGCUUGUGUGAACCCGAGCUUGCUGUCAAGAAGAUGACAAACACCACCUACCAGGUGAGCUACAAGGUGGUGGAGAUCGGCGAACACGUUCUGCAGAUCAAGUGGGGUGAUGAUGAUAUCCCCGGCAGCCCCUUCAACCUCAGCACAUGAGCAGAUACUUCUGAUGCUUCUGCUGGUGGAAGACGUCGCCCACGUCCUUGACCUUUAGCAGCCUUCCCCUGCCACGAAACGACCACCGACCCUUAUAGUUUCCUUCCGAACCCCGAACCCAAGCCCAUGCACCGUCUUCCGGCAGAAAUGUUACUGUUCCGUCAUUCAGCUUCAUAUUUGAACGUGCGAAUUUCCAUAUCACAUUUCAAACUGCCAUCAUCUCUCUCAAAGAAUUAUCUGUGAUGUGUCACAUAUAUGCAUGUUGUUACUUAGCCGAGACCGGCCUAUUAACAUAAUGUAAUGUACAUAAAGAUUUGCCGUGAGUUUUGCAUGACAUGCGUUCCCAUUUACCACUAAAGUUGUUCCAUAGCUUGUGAUAAUAUAUCUUUAAAUUAUUGUAAUGAAUCCUAAGGAUUAGAAUUCAGGUUAUAAACAGGGUCUUGUUCCCUAAAGACUUGUGUUAAUUGUACAAAGCAUGCCAACGAGAUGUUAAAGUGUUCUCAGUCUUUCCCUGGUGUAUUCAUUCUAUAACCUGAAGUGAAGGCUCAUUCAUGUGUGUACGUACGUACUUCCCUUCGGCGUGGAAUGUUGUGUAAGAAGACAUUUAAAUAAUAAAAUAGUUGACGUU